AUGUUCCGCGCCGCUACCCGUGCCCUCCCCGCCACCCGCGCCGUCCUCCAGCGCCGCACCAUGGCCUCCGCCGCCAAGCCCAACCCGGAGGCUGGUUUCUGGAAGACCUGGGUCGUCGGCAUGCCCGUUGACGUCUACCCCCUCGCCGGCAUCGUCACCGUCGCCUGCAGCGGGUCCUUCUACAUGAUCUACAAGCACCUCACCGAGGACUCGGCACGUGGCGAGCUCCGUCUCCUCCCCACCAGCAUGCGCCAGUAG